UACUUCUACUCUCAGAAAGGUCGUGAAUAUCCGGUAUCUUUACUUGGACCUUAUGAUACCACAAUCGUAAAUACAUCAGACAUUUACGACCAAUUGUUAGAUUUGAAAUUCUCAUUUCUGGCUAACGCACAACCGUGUCGAAAUAAUCUAGCUGGGAUUUUGUUGGUGAUUAUUGUUUCUACGAGGCCUACUAAUUUUGCUAACAGAAUGGCUAUUAGAAAAACAUGGGGAAAGACAGUGGACUCAACAAAAUUGGUGUUUUUGUUAGGAGAAGCUGAUAACAUUACAAAUCAACUAUUAACAGAGGAAAUUAAAUUGUAUGGGGAUAUUGUACAAGGGAAUUUCAUAGAUGCUUAUAAAAACCUGACUUAUAAAUAUGUGAUGGGGUUGAAAUGGGUAACGCACCAUUGUCCAAAGGCUAAAUAUGUAUUGAAAACUGAUGAUGACAUAGUUGUGAAUAUUAAAGAGGUGUGGAAUUAUUUGGGCAGAGUUUUGUCACCAUUCGGCGCGAAAAGUUUGAUAAAUUGUCACACAUAUGAGAAUUCUUUAGCCCAGAGGAAUGAAAAUUCCAAAUAUCAAGUAACACUGGAUGAAUAUAAGGACUAUUAUUACCCGGCAUAUUGCGGAGGCUGGGCGAUCAUCUACUCCCAAGAUGUCAUAUCAAAACUUCUAGAGGUCGCACAGUCCAUAUCCUAUUUUUGGAUAGACGAUGUCCAAAUCACUGGAAUUUGCGCCCAGAAGAUCGGAGUGCCUCGGAAGCCACUCGGUAACCGUAUUUUGACCAGGGAUAUAUCGGAGAGUUUCCUAAAAUUAGGCCCAAACUAUUUCGGGCCGUUCCUCUUUGGACCACCAGAUCUGACGAUUUACGAUAUAUUGAAUACAUGGGAUUAUUUGGUAAAAGAGAAAGGAACUUAUACUAGGUAAAAAUGAAAAGGUGAGCACAAAAAUUUCUUAUUCUUAUGGUUUAUUUAUACCACAGGGUUUUUAGAAUAUACACACAAAUUUAUAACCCUAAAUA